AUGGCGACAGAGAGCGUUGAAGACAUUGAGGCAUGGGCGCAAGCCGAGGGCGUCCCCAGCGCAACCGACCCAUUCAUCCAAAAGUACCUAUCUGGAAGAGAUGCAUUGGUCGAACAGGAGAAGAAACAACGGAGUGACUACCUCUUUCGGCAGAAUCUCUCACCAAUGGCCCAGGAAGCAUGCGCCAUAGUCUCCCAGAUACGGUUCGAAGAGCAGCAAACCCUAUGGACGAAGGAGUACGAGGACAGUCUUCUCACCGAGCAUGUUGAUGUAUUCCCCGGUAUGAUGUUUUCUCUCGCCAAGGAGCGCAUGGAAAAGAGCAAGCUUUGGAAAAUCGUCCAAAAGAUGCCGAAAGGCACAUUACUGCACUGCCAUCUCGAGGCUAUGUUGGACCUCGACUGGGCACUUGAGGAAAGUUUCAACACCGAAGGCGUUUGCAUUAUUGCCGACGGGCCGAUUAUUACCGACCGAGAGAGGCGCAAGACUGGGUUCUCGUUUGUGUACUCGAAAGUUGCGAAAGAGGACGUCUCAAUAUGGAGCGAGAAUUACACGGCAAAUACUCCGGUCCCUAUCAAUGCAGCAGCUGCUGCAUUCCCAGACAAUGCCAAAGCCGGCUUCAUCGAGUGGAUCCGUAGCCGAGUCACCAUUACUGCCUCAGAACAUCUCUCCCACCACGAAGGACCCAACGAAGUAUGGCGCAAAUUCAUGUCGUGCUUCCCGAUCCUGGGGUCCAUCAUGUACUACGAGCCCAUCUUCCGCAAAUUCAUCCGCAGGCUGUGCAAACAGCUACUGGAUGAUGGAGUAUACUGGGUCGACAUGCGCUCAGCGUUUUACACGCCAUACCGAAGUGCGGGCAAAGAGAACUGGGAUGAAGAUUGGUUCAAUAUGCUCUUGCACAUGGAAGAAGAAAUCGAAGCUUUCAAGAAGACCGACGAGGGCAAAGAUUUCUGGGGCGCGAGAAUGAUCUGGACCACAAUCCGGCAAUUCAACACGAAGCAAGUCGUUGAAAACCUCAUCGCCGGCUACGACCUAGUCGGCCAAGAAGACCUCGGCCGCCCCCUCUCUUCCCUCGCCCCCGAACUCUUCUGGUUCCGCAAAGCCUGCGCCCAAGCCGGCGUCGACAUCCCCUUCUUCUUCCACGCCGGCGAGACACUCGGCGACGGCGACUCGGUCGACGAGAACCUCGUCGACGCCAUCCUCCUCGGCACACGGCGCAUCGGCCACGGCUACAGUCUGUACAAACACCCGCUGCUAAUCGACAUGGUCAAGGAGAAGAAGAUCCUCGUCGAAAGCUGCCCGGUUUCAAACGAGGUGCUCAGGCUGUGUGGCAGUAUCAUGAGCCACACCCUCCCCGCGCUUCUCGCCCGCGGCGUCCCGUGCUCGCUGUGCAACGACGACCCCACCAUCCUCGGCCAGGGCGCAACCGGCAUGUCCCACGACUUCUGGCAAGCGCUACAAGGCUGGGAAAACCUCGGUCUGGAGGGCUUGGGCAGUCUGGCGGAGAACAGCGUGCGCUGGGCGAGUUUCGACGAUUUGGGCGCGAAGGAGUGGGUGCAGGAUAUCAAGGAUGGGAGUAUGGGCAAGGGACAGAGGGCGCAGCGGUUGAAGGAGUGGAUGAAGAAGUGGGAGGGGUAUUGUGCGUGGAUUGUCGAGGAGUUUGGGGUUGAUGAGAAUUUGGAGCCCGAGGAGUAA